AUGGCUUUGGAUUACUCUCGUUACCAGCCAUCUACUCCACCUGGCAUACCUCUUGAAGAGUACAUCGGAUCAGCCUACACUCUCAACACAUCCAAUUCGUCCAUCUAUUCUGGCGAGUCUUCACCUUGGUCAACAAUGACUGGGAACACAAGCCCAACUUCGUCACCAACUCGGCACCACCAUGGUCCUGCUCUUCUACCUAAAAUCCGUCCUCAGGAUGUCAUUAUUGAGCCUAUAUCUGCUGGUGGGCCAUUGCGCCAUCGCCGAGUCUUGUCCAGCACUCGAAACCCACCCGGCUUUGCUCCCUAUCCAAGCCGGCCACCUGUCCAUCGAAAUGCCAUUGAAGCUUCAGAACGCCUGGCCCCAGCUUCUCCUAUCUCACCAAUCGUCACUACCGGGCAUGGUAGCUCGUCCGCCCUGUCGUCUCCGGUGACUGUCAUCCCAAAGAACAAGCGUAAGGCUUCUAGGGGGCACUCACGCUCAGUUUCAACUUCUUGCAUUGAUGAGGCUACUCUAAAUCGUUAUGGAUAUCCUACGUAUCGACAACUUCCCAAGUAUGUUGCGGCACAGACACAGCCCAACACGCCAGCGACACCAGUGACGCCAGUAACACCAAACAUCGUGGUUUAUCCAUCGUAUCCCCAAGGAUCGAUAGUCGAAGUGCCCCGUAUUGGUCCUGUUCGCCCUCAACAUCCAUUGACAGUUCCCACACCGCAGUUCAACUAUUCUCAAGUACACAGAGCCCAGCCAUCACCUGCACCUCUACUCAGCCCUAAGGAAGAUAUGACCUCAUCAUCCACAAAUCUCAUGUCGUAUCUGAGCUCGCCCACUCAAGCUAUCAAUCUCGUCCGCAACGUUAGUGUUGUUCCCACUCGCGGCAUGCACGACUAUUUCUGGUGGGAUAUUCGCAACCUUCGCAGUUGGAACUCUUUCUCACUGGGUACCUUCGAUUCAAUCCACGGUCUCACUAAGCUUCUUAAGACCGAGAUCCUCGGAGCCCUUGCUCCUCCAGUGGUAGUGAGUCCUCAGCGCUUAAGCCCAGAGUCAGAGCCCGCGCUGGUUGGUCUUAUUCGCGACCUUUAUGCGCCCCGGAUCAAUGCUGCGCUAGCUGUUUCCCAGGGUGCAGAGCACCUUCAGCUCUACACAGCACCGGAUAUGCGUUAUACUGGCCACAAAAACCACGGCCAUCCACACUUCCUAGCCAACUAUGCCACAGACUCAGAGCACACUGCCUCUGGUCAGCCACGCGGUCGUCUAGUUGGAAUCGUCAAGAGCUUCGACAGGUGGAACUCUGGCAUGCGCAAUGAAGCGCCACACCGACGCGUCGAGUACUUGAACGGCCUGGCACAUCUACAACGCUGUAUGCGCGAACACUCUUGCCGAUACGGCUUCAUCAUCACCGAAAUCGAGCUCGUUUGCGUCCGCGCCGGCUGUGACGAGGGUGACGAUGUCCCCUACUUUGGUUAUCUCGAAGUCGCAGCCCCAACACCCCUCAAAACCGCCUUUACCCACCCAAGUGCGCGCGAUGCACCACCCUUAUCAACCCCCAUCAGCGCACGAUCCUUCUCCUCGUCAUCACACGGAUCAUCCUUCUACUCCAGCCAGGACUCCCCGAUUCCCGAGCCAGAGGCAUCAGAAGAGGGUCUUUCUGUGCCAAUGACAGCUAGUCUAGCAUUGUAUUUCCUCCUGAUGCUCUCAAAAUCUGUCCCACUCCCUUUCCAGCCAUCCGCCCACCUCAAUGUCGGCGGACCCGGGGCUCUCACAAGGCAGCGUAUCCUGCCCGAGGCGAAAGACAAAUGGAUCCCAGAACCGCAGAUCGGCGAGCGACGCGAUGCUAAGCGCGUUCGCGGGUGGGUCUGGCCUCAGGAUGCUUGGCAUCGCCGCGAAGGUGGUGGUGUUCCUCGUUCGAGAAAUUCGGAUGGGAAGAAAGGGUAA